UGUAUGGGCGAGCAAGUUUGCUGCGGUACGUUCUUUGGCCAGGGUUCCUUCGAUUUUGCUUGUUGGUCGGUGAUUGAGCGAAGUUAAGCGAUUUUCGGUCGUCUACUGGUGUCUAGUUAUCGAGAAUUGCGGUGCGUUCUGUUUCUAUCGUGAUCUUGUGAUUUAUUACCGUGUGAUUAGUGUUUCGAGCCACGGGUUCCCCGGAAAGUCCAAUUCGAUCCCAAACGAGUCCUGCAAGGAGUCGGGUGCUGCGUGUCGAUAUUGGCCAUCCAUAUAGUUUCCAAUAAGAGCAUCUGUGCAAGUCAGGAGCGAAAGAAAAAGAAAACCUUAGGGGAGGAAAAACAAAAAAAAUUGACUAGAAAUCGUCCAAGAAAUUUGUCUUCGUGUUUUACGUGAUCGCGAUUUAAAGGUCUUAGCCUGCUAAAAAGGUGUCCUUCGAGUAGGUCCACUGAUAAAGAUUUCUCAAAAGACCUGACCCAAGAAGAUUUAUUGUCGUGACAACAAUUACAGCGGGAAAUUGUGCUAGAAACACAACCAGCUGAAGGCUGAAUUUAUCACUAUCCUCCACCAACGGCAGGACCCUCCCACCCCGAAAACCCCAUCGCCAGAACCUGGUCCUGGACCCGGAAAACUGCUAGAGGAAGUACAUAUCCUGGAACUUAUCCCUCCCCCCGACCCGGACUUCUCCCCCGCACAUCACCCUCCUUCAAUCAACCUUGACAGCAAGGAAAAAGGUGCCAUCUGAAGUAGGACGUCGUCACAGAAAAACAGGAGCAAGCCCGAAGGCCACGAAACCGCACCACGGCGCUAGUCUUCACUUUUAAUUAAGGUCCCAGGCCCAGGAAAAAAAAGCUUUGUAAUAAAAGAAAAGUGGAAGCAAAUCCCGAAAGGAGGGAACUCAUCCGAAGGGCACGCGUAGUUCCACCUGUCCUCAACCGCCCCCUCUUAAGCCAGUUGUUCCCAGGGAAACGAAAACAAAAGUUUAGAUUGUCCCCUCCGGCUGCUCACCUUCAAAAAUCUUCCCGGAGCAGCAGUUCCGAAAGAAUCUGCUCUCAUUGCGGAGCAGCAGGAAUUGCAAGAAGUAGCUAACUAACCGGAUAACGUCAGGCAACCACAAGCAACAGCAAGCAACAUGGGCAAGCAGAACAGCAAACUGAAGCCGGAAGUGCUGGAGGAUUUGAAGCAGAACACAGAGUUCACAGAUGCUGAGAUACAGGAAUGGUACAAAGGAUUCCUAAAAGACUGCCCCAGUGGCCACUUAUCGGUAGAGGAAUUCAAAAAGAUCUACGGCAAUUUCUUCCCCUACGGAGACGCGAGUAAGUUUGCAGAGCACGUGUUUCGAACGUUCGACGCCAAUGGUGACGGCACGAUCGACUUCCGGGAGUUCCUGUGUGCCCUGAGCGUCACCUCCCGCGGCAAGCUGGAACAGAAGCUCAAGUGGGCCUUUUCGAUGUACGACCUCGACGGCAACGGCUACAUCUCCCGACAGGAAAUGCUGGAAAUCGUAACCGCAAUCUACAAGAUGGUUGGAUCCGUGAUGAAGAUGCCCGAGGACGAGAGCACACCGGAGAAGCGGACGGACAAAAUCUUCCGGCAGAUGGACCGCAACAAGGAUGGCAAACUGAGCCUGGAGGAGUUCAUCGAGGGGGCCAAGAGUGAUCCGUCGAUCGUUCGGCUGUUGCAAUGUGAUCCGCAGGCGCAGUGAGCAAUUCCAAACUUUCACGCCAGACGCCGACGUCACUGUCGCUAUCGCUGGCGUCGGCGUUGGCCCACUUUGAACACUAUCUACACCACAACCACAACAACAAAAUCAACAACCACAACAACAACUACUAGAACUAUUACCACAAGUCAUGCUACUAAUACUACUACAAAUACUACAACAAUUGUUACAACUACGACCGCAACUUGUGCUGUUAGGGCUAACACAAGCAAUGAUGAAAAGAAACGUCAAGUCGAGUCGAGUAGGAGCGGGGAAAGCGAAGAAAAUCGCCUGGCAGCCGAUCUGCUAAACGCUGCUAAAAGCAACCCAAAUUACAUUAAACCUAAUUAUUUCAACAUUUUACCCCUAUAUAACAAUAUUUAUUACAAAUCACAGUUAAUACUUUACAAAUUGAAGAGAAUGAUAAAGUGUUAAAAUAAAAUAAAAACAAAUUCAACGUAAGAGUACAUCACAAAAGUUUAAACACAAAACAACUAAAGAAAAUCGUAAUCGUAAGCAAAUUUAAAAUAAAUUAAAAGAAAAAAAAAAAAAAAAAGUGAAUCGUUAAAUCAGCUGCUGAUUUUUUUUAGAUAUACACAUAAACAAAACUGCAUAGGAGAAAAUUUAACAGCAACAGUAACUACAAACAAAAUAACAACAAACAAAAACAAAUGAGCGCGAGUUUGAAUGUAAAUAUAUUUUAAAUUGAUAUUUCUUUUCAUCGCUUCGAAUCCGCUAGAAGAGAAAACAUAACAUGGCUUCCAAUUCUAGUGUCUCUCUAUCUCUACAUUACACCCAAUUGUUAGUAGAAGUGAAAACAAACAACGGAAACAAACCUACACAUACAAAGCCAGAACACAACAAACCAAUACAACAGCAAACACAACCAUUGUUUUUAACAACUUUUGUUUGAUUUCAUUUAAUUGUAGUAAUUUUUUAAACCGUAUGGAUGCUCCCACAUUAAAGUUUUAAUAGCUUUUAAGUCAUUAGAGUGCUACCCACCCAGAAAAGAAAGAAAAACUUCCUUUCGUUUGUCGAAUGUCUCUCAGUAAGUUUUAUUUCAGUGUCGCGCUUGAUUAUAUGAUAAUUUAAAUACAUUUCGUUAUCCGUUUUAUUUUCCGUGUAAGUUAAAUUUUUAUCAAUCGAUGCCUUGUAUUCUACGGAAUUUUCGCUGUUUUUUAGUUUAGUUUUUUUCUUGAUUGAUUUUAAGUUUUCCCUCGAAUAUUCACAGAUGUCACAACCAUAAACAAAAAUCCUCUUUCCUUGACAAACACUGGGAAAAAUACCUUUCCUUGCUUGUGCGUGAAGAAGUCGGUUAAAAAUUGCAGAAUUUUUGGUCUCAAUUUUUACAUAAUCCAGUUGAACAUUCAGUUCAACACAACCCAGUUGAACAUACCUGGCAAUUUUGUCACCAUUUAAGUUUAGUACUUUUUCCAUUUCAGUGCCAUUUUUUUCUUAGUAAACUCAACCUUACCCAUAUGGAUUAAGACUUAACAUAGUUCCUGGAGAAAAAUCCUGACAUACUUGCUUUCGAGACUAAAAAUCCCACGGUAAAAUAUCUAACUGAUCAAUUUUCAACCCACUUCUUCAGAAAUUCACCGGCGCAAUAAUAAAAAAAGUCCAGUAAAGGCCUAAGCAACAACUUAAAAAUGUCUGAACAAAUCAAACAAAACUGAGGGGAAAACAGUCUCUGAAAAUUGUAAACAUUUUCAUUGCCAACAAACGAAAAAAUAAACACAAAUUACUCGCUGCCUCCGCGAAUUCACAUCAACAACAACUGAAAUUAAAACGACAAGCCUAAAUGGAGUUUGAAAUCAAAUGUAAAGCAAAAAAGGGAAAAUCCACGAUCGAGAGGAUCUUUCUUUAUGUCGGAUCGAGACCAAUAGUGGUGACCCCUUUCGAGGGAAUUCUAACUGCUAUAUUUAUUCUAGUUAUCGUGUUAGUGUAUUUAAACUUUAUUGUUCAAUUUGCAUCUGAAAGGAAAGGGAGUGAACAUAAAAAAAAAUACAAGAAGACAUGUCAGAUGUUCACAAACACUGAAAAAAGAAGAGACAAAAAAUCAACAAAAGGAAUUGAUCAAGGUUGAGGAAAACGAACGAGAUAAAAAUUGAUGGAUGAGAUUUGUUGGUCAAACAAUAAAAAUUACUAUGAUGAUGAUGGUGGUUAAACUUUCGAUAAAUAACUAAAUGCUCCAAUCGAUGAAAGGACUACACUGAAUGUUUUUGAUAACUUAUUUUUUGUGUGAGUGUACUGAUAGAAAACAAAAAUAAAUAAAUUUCCUAGAUUGAAAUAUUUUCUUCAGAUGGUGAAAAUUUUCAGUUGGAGGCAAUAAUAUUCUUGAUUGAACCUAAUUUCUUUCAGUUAUAAGGGUCCUCCUGAAAAAAAUUCUAUUAUUUAUUAUGUUGCUUUUAAUUCUAGUUCUACUCUACAUCAUAUCGUAUUGCUAUUUAUUUUAAGUUAUCAUCAUCACACAUCCUAUUUCUAUCAUAAUAAAAUAUUUUGGGUUGCAUGCCACAAACAUAACAGUGAACAGAAAAAAAACACGCGCAUACACAACUCAACUCAAAGCUGAGCAGAGAAAAUAAACAAAUAAUCAGAACCACUAUAAACGAAUCACAAGCGUCCCAGUCCCACUAUUUUUUUUUCUAAACUAUACCUUUUAUGUUAGGAACAAGUUUGUACAGCAUAUUCAAAAUAAAUUUAAUAUUUUCUUAUUUUAUUUAUUACGAA